AGCUGAGUUGACUCGAUAGGUUGCAUCUGGGAGAGGAGGGAGAGAGGGCUGCCCUGAAGGGAUUGACACAAGAAGGAUUUACGCUUUAAAUUGUGUUGUAUCCAGUAUGGCUACAUGCAUGUUUUACACUAUCAAAACCCGCUUGAUAUAACAAUUAUUGCUAGAUUGUGUCAAUCUAUCAGUGUGGUAAAGAAGAACCAGACAUAUUUUCCGAGGGAAACCAAUACAAUGAUCGUCAGUGUCUAACAGGAGUGGAGUAUUAUUAGCGAUUCAGACAGUGCAACUGUCUCUGGUACUUGUACAUCUUUUUCAACAUGGUGGGAAAAUAACUCAGAAUUUUGGUGCCCCAAAAAAUUUAGGGAGAGAGAAAAAAAGUGAAAAUUGGAGCAGGGCUAACAACCAUUCACCUGGUUCCCAUGCCGACUGCCCCAUCUCCGCCCUCUCAUAUCAUACACUAUGCCUCCUACUCCCAAACCUCCUAAGAGACAACCCCCACCACUGACAAGGAAUGGCCGCAAGGUGAUACCCACAACAACCUCCACCGCCAAGAGACUGAAUUCCAGCAAGCCCAGAGGAAAAGCCUUUCAGAGUCCACAGUCAACUUUAGAGCCACCCCGAAGAUCCACAACCAGGACCCAGGCCCAGCCGGCCAGAAGCCCAGGGAGGAGUGGGGUUGGCAGGCUUGGCGGUCAGGGUCCGGGGGCAUCCCCUGGUAGGGUUAACCAUGCCCCUGUGGGUAUAACAGGAUCAGUGAGGCUAAGGAGCUGGGGUAAUCCUCUGCUCCAGCAUGGUGUGGGAGAGGACCCCCCUGGGCGCAGGAUAUCCUUAAGGGGCAUGGGGGGCGCCAAGCAGUUUCCUCCCCUGGCAAUAAAGCCUAGAACAGGAGGGAAGACAGCAAGGGGGAGGGGGGUGAGGGGAGGGAGGGGAGCGGUGGGUCAGAGAGGGAGCAAGAGCGGGAUUGAGAAAGGAUCUGAGGAGUCUGACACUGUUAGUGUAGACCCUAGUGAGAUUAACCAAGGGAAUAAAGUAUUUGGCCAUGUUGGUAAGGGCAAACUUCCUAACCUGAGGACUGAACUUGAUGAAACUACCUGUGUUGACCAGCAGGAGCUGGGAGUCGGCCAUGCUAGUGAGGGCAAACCUCGUAACCUGAGGACUGAUGAUUUGGCUAGUGAUGACAAACAGGAAGAGUUAGUUGCCCAUAAUGGUGAAACGGUUGGGGCAGACUCACACGAUAAGACUGUCAGCCAUAGUGGUGAGGGCAACCACUAUGACCUCGAUGAGCCCACCAGUGUUGACCAACAACAGGAAAAGCUAAUCAACAAUAUUGCUGAGGGCAAUUCUUUAAACCUGAGCCAUGAGCUUGGUGACUCUACCAGUGAUGACAGGCAGGAAGAGUCAGUUGGCCCUAAAUGUGAAGACAACGCCAAGAUAAACCUCGGAGCUGAGCAGAUUGAGAUGGAGCAAAGAGAGAGAGAUACCCAUGCAGGCGAGCAGAGAGGAGGGGAGAGGUUGGAGAAGGAAGGAGAGGAAACAGUGAAGCAGGAAGAAGAGAGAGAUGAAGAAAAGAAGGAAGCAGACGGUAAGCAGAGAGUGGAGAGAGUCAAGGUGAAUGAGACGGAGGAAAGAAAAGAGAAAAACGAGAGACAGAAGGAGGGAGAGGUUAUCAGCAGACCUUCAGACACAAGCACCAUUAUGUCUGUCGCUCAGCCCCAAAAGCCUACUCCGCAGGAUGACACGUUGAUGAUGCAAUCACCUGUCCAUGCCUCACCUGUCUCUGAACCAGCUACCUCAGAUCUGGCAUCACCCCCUCUCCUUCGUCUGCCCUCUCCGCCUCACCCCACAGUGUCACAUGGUAUGAAGGUUCUGAACCAAGGUGUUAAACCAAUCCAACCUACCAAAACUGUUGAAAUCCAUAAACCUUUAAAAGACCCAACUACUUGCCAUGAGACAUCACAGGUGAGCCCAAUGCAUCCAGUAUCACUAAGUCUCUCAGUUGCCUUCCUUAGUGAACCCCACAAGCCCCUGUGUGUAACCCCAGCAAAACCAGCACCCAGUCAGAGCCUAGAGAUCCCGAUCUCUCUGGAGGCUAGACAAUUUCUCAGACCAGUGGACGAAGAGACCAAAGAGUCAUCCAAUCACAGUAACACAAAAUAUAUGUCAUCUUCAUCAUCUGCAUCAUCUUCGUCACACCUGAACACGAACGCGGAGGUCCCCACCACUCUGUCUCAAUCAAACACAGACGUUAACAUCACUGUGUCUGUACCAGACCUAAGUCCAGUGCCAAAGAACCACAACAACAACCCAGAAGCGCCACCAUCAUCAUCAUCACUCCCAUACACAAAGAUAGACCUCUUCACCACUGGAUCUGCACCAGAUAAAGACACCGUGUGUGUCUCUGUAUCUGACCUAGGUUCUGUACCAAAGACUCACAACACGAACAACCAAGACGAGCCACCACCAUCACUCCCAUACACAAACACUGGAUCUGAACCAAACACAGACAUUGCAUCGGUCUCUGUAUCUGAUCUGGGUUCAGUGCCAAAGACCUCCUCCAUCCCUAACCAGGAGAGUUGUACCUCCAAAUUCUCCUGCAGCUCAGAGAGCACCCAAUCCUCCUACUCCUUCGACACAGAGUCAGAGCAAGGCUAUGGGGCCCCUAGCCCCCCUGGACACCCUAGCCUGGGCCCGAGACCCCUGGAGGAGGGCACAUCUCUGCCCCGACCUCCACGAGUCAACCAGAGGAGGGAGAGGAAAAAGAGGAGUAGUUGUGGAGGGUGUGAGCCGUGCCUGAGGAAGAUCAACUGUGGCCAGUGUAGCUGCUGUCUGAAUCGCAGGACUGGACACCAGAUCUGUAAGCUGAGGAAGUGUAUGGAGCUGAGGAAGAGGAGGCCCAUGUCACUGCUCGCACUAACAUCUGCUCAGGUGGCGUGCAAGGACGUGGCCAAAGGAGCGUUAAAGAAACCAGUUUCCACGGUGGUUCCAGAGGGCGUCGCAAUAAAUGGCAGAAGCCCUGUCCAGAUGGUAGAGGAAACAUAUACGGCAGAGGAGGAGGGUCACAUACCUCCCACACACCCCCAGACAGACCCUCACACACACCCUCCCCACGCCCACACUCUCACCCCAAUCCUAGAUGGCCGACCAGCAGUACUUAUCAAGAGAGAGCCUGGCCUGGAGGACACCAACGAUGCACUUCUUCUGCAACACCACUACUCUUCAUCUGGGACUUUUCACAAUGGUGCUGACGAAAACCUGUCUAAAGCCAACAGUGCUCCAGUGUCACCAGAGUCCCAAAAGACUACAAGACAAUUUGAGUCCCAAAGGACUACAAAAACCACAUACCCCAAAGGCAGCUCUGAGCCCAAUGAUGCACUUCCGGAUGACACCAUGGCCGUUCCUCUGAAGAAGAUCAAGUUGGAGGAGCCGUGGGUGUGGUCUACGGACCAGUCCUCCACCCUACUAGGGGGCAAUGAUGACGAUGUCUAUGUUGACGCUCUGUCCACACUAGCAGCAGUUGUGUGUUUUUCUAUCACAGACAGGAAGGGUCUGGAGGACAAGCUGUGUAGCUCCCAUUCCCCGGUGCUACACUCGUUAAAAACAGAGUUAAAAACAGAGCCGGAGGACUUUAAGGUUGACCUUCUCCUGAAAAGCACUCCCAUCAGUCCACGGAAAGGUCUUGACAUUAUUGUCAAACGAGAGCAACCCUCUCCAGAUCUCUCUCUGCCAAGCAUCCAGUCAUUGGUGCAAGAGAGGAAUAUUAGCCAUGACCAAGCUAUCGCUAUCGAGGCGCUAACCUUACUGGCAUCUAUCCCCCAAAACCCCCCAGAACCCUUAAGAAUGGACGCACAUGGUCAAAACCCCACCACACCUUCCAUGCACUUAUCCAGUAGAAACACCUCUCUCCAGGACGUCAAACCCCCUACAGGUUUCCUCCCCAACAAAGUUCUAGUCAUCAGCUCCCCUCUGCACCAGACCUCAGUCAUACGCUCCCCUCUGCACCAGACCUCAGUCAUCAGGUCCCCGGUGGCCAGACAGAGUCUUGUCAUCCAGUGUCAUUCCCGUAGUCCCGCCGCCACUGGCAAGCAGUCCCUACAGGACCUGCUAGAAGCCAGCUCGGACUGUGGCAGACUUCCCUACGACAGCACCGAGAGAGCAGGGCAACACCUGUACAGGAGAGCAGACCAAGACCUUGGUUCUCACCAUAACAGGUCCGAAGGCACUUUCAGAGAGCGGAAAGACAUGGAGAGGAAUAGUAAGGAAACAACAGAGAGGACGGUGGGUAAGAGCGGGAGGAACAGGGAUGAGGAAGAGGUGGCGGCUCAACUGGCCGAGUUGGCAUUCAUCAUCCAAUCACGUCACAAGCAGCAGGGUUUCCAACCCUCCCAGCACUCUGAGAACAACCCUCCCAGAGGAACUCCAGUCUCGGCCAUCAAGUACAACUACAAUUCCCAGCAUGCACCACCCAACAACAAGAAAAUCCCUGUGAGGAAACCAAGGUCCACGCCUUCCAAACCUAGGAAGAAGAAGGGGAUGGAGGGGGUUGAAGAGGAGGGCUACAACCCCAACAACAAGACCCCCCUAUCCAAACGGACACCCAACGGCAAGACCCCCCACAGAGCCAGGGUCCAGAAGGUUCUGCCCCAGCCGAAGACAUUGUCGCUCAGCCACAAGAGGAGCCUGUUCCUGCCUCAGACUCAAAUGGAUCUAAAGAGAUACCUGGCUGAGGCUCAGGAGGAACAACGGCAGCUCUUUUACUACAGCAACAGCCACAGUGGGGUCAAAUACCACAAAACCUCUGGAGCCGUCGAUCGUGGUCAAUGUCAAGGUUAUGGUCAUGACAACCAACAGUGGUCACAUUUGAACGGUGACCACAGUGGUCCUCUGAACGGUCACCUGGACCCUUUACAAGGACAAGGAGUUGGACAGGGACAUGAGUGUGAAAGACAAUUGUAUUCUCAGGUAUCGCAGCCCUUCGUUGGGCAGCAGCACGGUGCUAACCUAAAGGCUAGCUCCACUAACCCCAGUUUCACCAGUUUAGACUCUAACAACCACAGAACCGGGUUGAACAAUAGUUUACCCAACGGCUACUCCUCUGGGGGUCAACGGCAGGGGUAUUACAAGGUGGAGAGGUCCGGUCCGGUCACCAUCUUGUCCACGUCAACUGACGGCGCUUUGGACCUAUCGGAGGAGUUGACGCCAACCAAACACAACGUAAACAGCUUCCUGGAAUCGCCCCUCAUAUUCCUGGACACGCCCACUAAGAACCUGCUCAACACCCCGUCUAAGAAACUCUCUGAGAUCCCCUCCUGUGGCUGCAUGGAGCAAAUCAUAGAGAAGGAGGAGGGUCCGUACUACACUCACCUUGGUGCUGGACCCAGUGUGUCAGCCGUCAGAGAGAUGAUGGAGAACAGGUAUGGAGAGAAAGGGAAGGCAGUAAGGCUGGAGGUGGUGGUGUACACUGGGAAAGAAGGACGCAGUUCCCAGGGUUGUCCCAUCGCCAAGUGGGUGAUCCGUCGGGGCAGUGAGGAGGAGAAGCUGCUGUGUCUGGUGAGACACCGGGCAGGGCACCGCUGUGAGAGUGCCGUGGUGGUGAUUCUCAUCCUGGCAUGGGAGGGCAUCCCCCGGGGGGUGGCAGACAGUCUGUACCAAGAGCUCACCCAGACCCUCUGUAAAUACGGCUCCCCCACCAGUCGACGCUGCGCCCUCAACGAGGAUCGGACGUGUGCGUGCCAGGGUUUGGACCCAGACACUUGUGGCACCUCGUUCUCCUUCGGCUGCUCCUGGAGUAUGUACUUCAACGGCUGCAAGUUCGCUCGCAGCAAGAUCCCCCGAAAGUACCGCCUGCUGGGAGACAUGCCACAGGAGGAGGAGAAGCUGGAGAAUCGGCUGCAGAACCUGGCUACAGACCUGGGUCCUGUCUACCAGAGACUGGCCCCGGAGGCUUUCCAAAACCAGGUGGAUCAGGAGCAGGCGGGCCAGGACUGCAGGCUGGGUCGGAGGGCGGGCCGACCUUUCUCCGGGGUCACGGCGUGUGUGGAUUUCUGUGCCCACGCUCACAAAGACACACACAACAUGAACAAUGGCAGCACUGUGGUUUGCACUUUAACCAAGGAGGACAACCGUGCAGUGCGUAACGUCCCUGAGGACGAACAGCUCCACGUCCUGCCCCUCUAUAAGAUCUCACAGAGGGAUGAGUUUGGCAGUGCCGAUGGCCAGUGGGCCAAGAUCCAGACUGGGGCCCUGCAGGUGCUCUCAGCCUUCCCCAGAGAGGUGCGUCUGCUGGCUGAGCCGGUGAAAUCAGCCCGUAAGAGGAAGCAGGAGGCCAAGCUGAAGGCCCAGGCUGACAAACAAGCUGCAGCUCAGGACAGGAAGCCUGGACAGAGUCCACUAACCCCGGGCAAGGUCAAGACCGCCAACAAAGGUUUGAAAAGUGCUUCUUCAGCAGAUCAGUCCCCCUUGUUCAAAAGAGAGCCUCAGUCCUUCAGCUCUUACAGGCCAGGAAGUGUGGGUUUAUAUGUACCAGACUCUAACUCCCCUAGCGCUUACAACCACAGCACCCCCACCUACCCAACUCCUCCCGGAAGAUCCACACCAGGGAUGGAGGCUCUUUCCCCCCAUCGCCCCGGCCUGCCUGCCCCCCAGUACAGAGGGCCACCAGGGGCCCAGAGCAAUGGUUCCCCAUUCCAUUACAAGACAAUGGAAGAGGCUGUGGCUGUGAAUGAUUACUCCCCAGGACUCAGCAGAAAGCAGCUGGUGGACCCUGAGACAUGUCGGACCCCCCCAGGGAUGCCCCGGGGUGGCGACUACCCCCCCAGGAUUUUUAAAACAGAGCCCAACGAGGUGCACUGCUCCCCUCUCCUCAGACCCCCUCACAGCCACAGCACUCCUCCUCCCUCCUCCACCCACACCCACCCAGAGGGCCUCCACAGCAGACUCAAUGGGCUCCUCAGGGCGGAGGGGGAGGUGGGAGUCAAGGACGUGGUUAGAGGUCAUGUAGGUCAUGUUAUUCCUCACAGUGCCCCCCAUCCCCCUCAUCAGGCCCCUCCCCCUCUCUUCCCCAACCCAAAAGAGGUCAAACAGGAACAGGAAGAGGUGUGGUCGGACAGCGAGCACAACUUCCUGGACAGUGACAUCGGCGGGGUGGCAGUGGCUCCCUCCCACGGUUCCAUCCUGAUCGAAUGCGCCCGCCGAGAGCUCCAUGCCACCACCCCCAUCCUCCGGCCCGACCGCAGCCACCCCACCCGCAUCUCCCUGGUCUUCUACCAGCACAAGUCCCUCAACGAGCCCGACCAUGGCCUGCACAUGUGGGAGGCCAAGAAGGCCCGGAGGGAGCGGGAGAGAGAGGAGGAGGCUGAGAGGCUGGGGAUGGGCCUAGACCUGGAAGAGGUUAGCCUGGUCAAGGGGAAGAGGGGGAAUGGGGCAGGCGGUGAGAGUGUGGAGCCUGAGGAGGAGGUAGAGGAGGAGGGCCCGGAGGAGAAGAAGGGUGUGUUGACGGUUCCUACCCGGAAGGCGGUGACUGUCCCGCGGGAUGGAGUGGUCACUGUUUCCCCUUAUGCUCUGACACAGGUCACGGGCCCUUACAACCGCUGGACAUGAGAUGAUACUGUUAUGUACACACACACACGAGACGCAUACGACAAAUACAUUUGAACACACACCACCAUACACACACACACCACCCUGUGCUACUGCCUUACCUCAAUCAACAUUACACUUCUAGUCUCGUUAUGUGUUAUUUCGUUGUGAUACUUUUUCUAAUGUAUGUCUGUUUAUUUUAGUUUCUCUUUGUCUCUGCUUUCAAAGUGAUGAGGAAGACUAUCGUUUGUGGGGUUUUAACUGUGAGUUUUGGUAUUUGAUGAUAAAACAUUUUGGUCUGGUUUUUCAUGUAAAGAGAUGUUGCUCUGAACCAAUUUUUUUAACUGGUUUUAUAUAGGAAUUGAUUAAUAACAACAAACAAGAUGUGAUUAUUUAUUCUGAUUAUUUUUUUAUUUUUUUGGUGCAAGGCUAUUUACUGCAAUUUUACUGUCAACCAGCAUUUUACACUAGUAAACACUCAUGUUAAGUCUCUGUGGUCUUUGUUUCAGCCAAGAGUGCUCUUUUCACAAGAUGAGUUUUAACAAUGAUUGAUUUAUAUAAUGGUGCCAUUUGUAGCAGCAACUUUUGAUAAACAGACCACAUAUUACACAUUUGAAACAGUAUGUAGUUUUAUGUGAAAAUAAUGAACACAUGUAGCAUGGUGCUUUUCCUUCCCUUCCCCGUUCCUCUAUUGGUGGUCAUGAAGGAACAGUACUUCCCCGUUCCUCUAUUGGUGGUCAUGAAGGAACUGUACUUCCCCGUUCCUCUCUUGGUGGUCAUGAAGGAACUGUACUUCCCCGUUCCUCUAUUGGUGGUCAUAAAGGAACUGUACUUCCCCGUUCCUCUAUUGGUGGUCAUGAAGGAACUGUACUUCCCCGUUCCUCUAUUGGUGGUCAUGAAGGAACUGUACUUCCCCGUUCCUCUAUUGGUGGUCAUGAAGGAACUGUACUUCCCCGUUCCUCUAUUGGUGGUCAUGAAGGAACUGUACUUCCCCGUUCCUCUAUUGGUGGUCAUGAAGGAACUGUACUACCUUCGUUUUUGUUUUGGUCUGGAUAGUUUUACUCUUUUUGUUCAAUAUGAUGACAUAUUGAAAAAGCACUUUUUUAUAUUUCAUAACUUGAAAAAGGUCCUGUUCCAAUAUGUACAGAUCGAGAGAUAUAUCAGACAGCUUGUGUGAAACCUCUUCUCCUUUUUAUUCAGUAGUUUUGUGUUUAUUUGUAGUUUUUUGUUGUAGAAUGAUAAAUUACAUAUCAGUCUCACAGAAAACCAAGCUUACUAAGCAAUUGUGAAAUGCUGCAUAUAAAGAUUGUGUCAGAUUAUGGUGCUUAUUGUCAACGGCACUUCAUUUAUAUGAAUCUGGAUAAUCAUGUUUGUUCACUGUCUGGACUUCUAGAGUGUUUUAAAUAGGACAUGUUUUUAUACCGACAUAGCUUAAAAGACCACAUAAAACCUGUUCAGAAAUGGUUACUAUAUUACUGUAUAUUUGUUACUGGUGCUAACAAGGUCUGUACCCUCUUUUUAACUGACUAGGGCAUUGAUUGACAGUUAUCUUUUUCCAUAUGCUGAGUAUAAAUACAUUAUACAAGUGGAUACCAAACCAAUCAAACCCCUUUGUUGUUUCUCAUUGCCUCCUCUUCAAUUAUUGGGAGACGCUGCUCUGACAAACUAACACACUCCUCAGAUCGUUUCAUCUCCUCAGAUCGUUUCAUCUCCUCAGAUCGUUUCAUCUCCUCAGAUCGUUUCAUCUCCUCAGAUCGUUUCAUCUCCUCAGAUCGUUUCAUCUCCUCAGAUCGUUUCAUCUCCUCAGAUCGUUUCAUCUCCUCAGAUCGUUUCAUCACCUCAGAUCGUUGCAUCUCCUCAAAUCGUUUCAUCUCCUCAGAUCGUUUCAUCUCCUCAGAUCGUUUCAUCUCCUCAGAUCGUUUCAUCUCCUCAGAUCGUUUCAUCUCCUCAGAUCGUUGCAUCUCCUCAAAUCGUUUCAUCUCCUCAGAUCGUUUCAUCUCCUCAGAUCGUUUCAUCUCCUCAGAUCGUUUCAUCUCCUCAGAUCGUUUCAUCACCUCAGAUCGUUGCAUCUCCUCAAAUCGUUUCAUCUCCUCAGAUCGUUUCAUCUCCUCAGAUCGUUUCAUCUCCUCAGAUCGUUUCAUCUCCUCAGAUCGUUGCAUCGUCAUAAAUUGUAGGCUUAUCACGUAUUGAGUCUGACAGUAGACCUCCGCAGAUUAUAAACCUUCUUCUGAUAGGGGCAACCAUUUUGAGUAUUAAUUCAUGCUCACAUUAGUCAAUCAUAACCAUGUAAUAAUAGGCCCAUUCACUAAUACUCAGUGCUUUGCUGGGGUAGGAGCGAGCCGGAGCUGAAUACCAUUACCUCAAAUGUUCUACAGCUUGAGCUCCUGUUCCUCUUAUAGAUUAUUAGCUCAAAAGUAUUGUGGAGCUCCUGCAAAAUACAUAUAAACAGUACCGGCAUCCAAAAGAGGUACCGACACCUAGUGCAGUCCAAGUCAAGCACUGCUACUAAUGUAAUCGAUUAGGCAUCUGUUGUAUUGAUCUGUCUUAGCAUAUGAUGAAUCUAAAUCAGCUCAACGCAGAUAAAGAUUUCACUGGUGCUUUCAUUUUACUAAUACACAGAGCUGGAAAUGUUUGUUUGGUUUUUGUCAUCUUUAUUUUCUGUUGUUUUUCUCUUUGUUUCUCAGGUGUGAGUGAGGUUGUUAAUUUACCCAGUCUUCAACAAAACUAGGGCAUUACCCAGGCUUCAACCCAACUAGGGCAUUACCCAGGCUUCAACCCAACUAGGGCAUUACCCAGUCUUCAACCCAACUAGGGCAUUACCCAGGCUUCAACCCAACUAGGGCAUUACCCAGGCUUCAACCCAACUAGGGCAUUACCCAGUCUUCAACCCAACUAGGGCAUUACCCAGGCUUCAACCCAACUAGGGCAUUACCCAGGCUUCAACCCAACUAGGGCAUUACCCAGUCUUCAACCCAACUAGGGCAGACAGUCUCCUAAAAAACUCUCUUGUCUUCCAAUAAUGUCUUUAACAGAUUCACAAAGUCAAACCAUAUACUUAGACCUUUCCUCUGAGAUAAGUAUGUUGACACAUAGAUUGAAUACAUUUUAUACAAAGUAGAAAGGUAUAUACAGUACAUAUAUAGUCUAUUACAUUAUAUUGAAUGUAGGCCGUUGCAAGUUACUGUUGUGGUAGAAAACAGUCACUUUAAAAUGUUUCCACCUUUACAUAAGACAGUUUGUAAGAAAAAUAUUAUCCUGUAAACUUUUGUAAUUGCUUCACUUGAAGAUUUCUCGGAUCUUCCUUUAUGUGUGACUUGAAAAAUGUAACUUACAUCAAGGAGGAAAAACUAGCACCAGCAUUUAAAACUCAAGGUUUUUAUUGGAAUAAUACUAUAUAAAAUACACAUCAUGUGAAACGGACUGUUUUUCCUGUACUAUUCAUGGUUUGUAGAUAACGAGCAGUUUUGAUAUUUUGAAACUGAUUGCCAAAAUUACUGUACAUAACUGAAAGGUGUGUAUAUCAAUUUGACAGACUUGAAAAAAAUACUAAAUUCAGCAUUCCUGUCAAUGGCUGCCCUCUGGUGAUUUUGAAAUAAAGAUGUAUUUAUAUUUUGGA